AUGUCUGCUGCAUCUGAAGUCAUUGGGUCGUCGUUCAGGUCCGCCCCGUCGCCACCAGCCGGCAACCUGGACUGCCGCACCAUGGAUGGGGUCGGCGUUGACCCAGCCGGCUGCCUCCAAAGCACAGCUAGGCGCCGGAUCUGGACGGGGGCAAGGCAGUCAGCCCGUUCCCGCGAACUUCGCUGCAGUCCCAGCUUGCCUCCAACCGUCAGCAAGCCUCGCCAUCGCGUAUGUCUGCUGCAUCUGAAGAGUUCCGCAGUGUGCCGGAUUGUGAGGACCUGUUCGACUACGUCGGUUCGUCUGCUUCACGGAGUCAUUCUUCUUUCAAGCGGGAUCUCAGUUGCAGGUACAGGUAAAGGUUACUUGACG